GUUUUGCGCGUUCGGGGCAGCGUGUGCAAAAAGUCAGCUGACGGGGCCCGCCCGUGGCUCGAGGCCCGCUCCUGGCUCGCCGCCGCAGCGUCCGCCAGUCGUCGACCCUGCCUGAGAACCGCGAGCGAACUCCUCUCAACCCUCCCCUUGUGCACCCGCUACCUCCUCGGCCAGAACGAAGGCUGCCACCUGCCGUGAAGCACGGAGAGCUGCUCACGUGACGAACCAGUGCCGCAGCCGAAGGUACACGUCGAACUGCCCCCUGACUCCGCAGCAACCCCCAGUGGAGUCGCCCUGCAAACAUUUCACUCUCGUUUCGCCGCAACGCCUCCCGCCUCGUCUCACCUGUAGUGCUUCAGUAUUCUGGCGCAGCGAAGUCCACGCAUGCGGCACUUGUCUCUAGACUGCCGGUAUGCCAGCAGACGGCUCAUCACCCCACUGCGCACGAAGGUGUUCCCCCGCAGAGCAGACCAAGAUCUUUCCCUAACCCCCUAGUGUGACUUCGCUACGGUCGUGUCGUUUUUUGGUUUCCUUGUCUCCCAGUGCCCGUUGUCCUGCAAAUACGUCACUAGCCAAAUUUUUCCGUAGGGUGGACACCGAGUCGAGAAAUUGUUGUCGAUAAGGAAUGUGAUUUUUUUUAAGAGCGUCACUUCGUUGGCAAUCCCUUUAUUCGCUUUGAAUAGCAAUCUUCAGCUAAUGUUGUCAGAUCACGAAGUACAACAGAAAACCCAGUAUUUGCAUAGAUAAGCCCCUUGGCUAUUGCGUCAUCCUGAAACGAGCUUCCCACUGCACAGCACUGCAACGUCACUCUUGGGUUUCAUUGAGGCAGUGAAAAGCACGGAGAUCAUCACCUCUAACUCCACAUGGCCUCCUGUCACAUCGAGGACGUUGUAGGAGCUAUCUGACCGUACCCGUUCAAGAAAUCUGCGUUAUUCUGGGUUGAUCAAGUUGCUAGGAAAGAAAGUGAUUCCACAGAGUGUGUGGUCGUCAACCUGGCAAGUGCGUUCGUCGUCGGGCCUCGUGGCUACUCCGUGUGUGGCUACUCCGUGGGAGCGGCGCCGCCAGUGCCCAGCCCUGCCCGUGCGACCGUCGGAGGCGCCCUGGCGCUCCAGGCAUGCCCAGUGCCUCAGCCCGGGCCAACAGCAGGAUUUGCCCACCACGUCCCAGCCGCAGGACAGAAUGAAACUAUGGCGCUACAAAAGCGGUCGCCCAGAUUCCGUCCCGACCAUUGAGCGCGGCUUCUCUGAGUGCUGUGCUCCAUCCUUUCCGCUCCGACGCGCCGGUGCGUGAAGGGGAGAGAGAAUCCGCGGCUGCGACCGCCCGCCCCCCCUCCCCCCCGCCUCCCGCGCCCGACGUGAGCGCGCGAGGUAUCUCGGGAUCGGUGCGUUCAAGAUGGCUGCCCCACUGGGAUCCCACCGUGCGCAACGAAAAACGGCACAGGUACAGUUAUAAUGGUGGCGGCACUGCGUCGUGCGACGAAGAGGAGGACGACAACAACAACCUGUCCAGCUACAGGAUCACUAUGACCAGCGAAGACCUUCUCCAGCCGGGACAUGUCGUCAAAGAGCGGUGGAAAGUGGUGAAGAAGAUCGGCGGUGGUGGUUUCGGCGAGAUCUACGAGGGCCUAGACUUGGUGUCCAAGGAACUGGUGGCACUCAAGCUCGAAUCAGCCAAGCAAGCCAAGCAGGUCCUCAAGAUGGAGGUCGCGGUGCUCAAGAAGUUACAGGGUCGGGAGCACGUGUGCCGCUUCAUCGGUUGCGGUCGCAACGACCGCUUCAACUACGUGGUCAUGCAGCUGCAGGGCAAGAACCUGGCCGAGCUGCGCCGGUCGCAGCCACGGGGCGCCUUCUCGCUCAGCACCACGCUGCGGCUGGGACUGCAGAUACUGCGCGCCAUACAGAGCAUACACGAAGUCGGCUUCCUGCACCGAGACGUCAAGCCGUCCAACUUCGCCAUGGGGCGGACGCACCACUCGUCGCGGAAGGUGUACAUGCUGGACUUCGGCCUGGCUCGCCAGUACGUCACCACCACGGGCGAAGUGCGGCCACCGCGAGCGGCCGCCGGAUUCCGAGGAACUGUGCGCUACGCUUCGGUCAACGCCCACAAGAACAAGGAAAUGGGGAGGCACGACGACCUGUGGUCCCUCUUCUACAUGCUAGUGGAGUUUGUCAACGGGCAGCUACCCUGGCGGAAGAUCAAGGACAAGGAGCAGGUGGGCCUGAUGAAGGAGAAGUACGACCACCGGCUCCUGCUGAAGCACCUUCCGUCGGACUUCCGCCAGUUCCUGGAGCACAUCUCGUCGCUGGACUACUACGACCGGCCGGACUACCCCGUGUUGGCGGGGCUCUUCGAGCACUGCAUGAAGCGCCGUGGGGUGCGCGACUCCGACCCGUACGACUGGGAGAAGCCGCUUGGCUCGGACCCGGCGCCGCCGCUGGGAGCCGUCGUCGCCAAGGGGGCCCAGCAAGGGAGUGCCCUGCUUGGCGCGGAGCUGGACGACAACAUCAUGGCCAGCUACGACGACAGAGGCGACCACAUGGCGCCGGAGCCGUUGUACGACGGUGCGCCCGCCAUGUCUCCGGCGCUGUUGUCCAAGGAGCCGCGUCCAACUUCGACGACACUGCGAAGCCACCAGGGGCCACGCAUUCUCCCCCAGUGGGAGGCGGCCAAGAGGGACAUCGACAGCGUCAACCAAAUGCCUCGGGAAGUGCCCACACACCAGAUGGCGCUCACAGAGAACAACAACAGGAACAACAACAACCCGUCCAGGGAGUGCCACUUGGCGCCGGCCGCUAACAAUGAGAAACUGGCCACCAAAGACAAGAAGGCAGAUCUGUCCUCGGGCGCCGAGAACGGUCACGACAAUGGGCUUGACGAAAGGCCUCAACCGGCGCCGCGCAUCACAGUAGACGCCGGCACCGCCUCGGCCCGGGACAGCCCGUCGCACGAAGAGCGCUCCCCCAAGAGGCUGCCUCGUCUGCACAUCGGGGCGGCCGCAAACUUGCCAGAAAGGGUUGCGACCGCGUCCGCGGGACUCGAAGAAGCCACGGCGCAGCCAGACGCUGCCGACUUGUCUAAAGAGCCUUCGCCCCUCGAGCAAGUGCUGCAGACUGCAGCUGCGGCGUCCGCCGGAAGAGAUGUUGUCGUCGGUUCGAAGCAACACACUCCGCCCCCUCAGCCUGUGAGCACGCCUCCCACGGACCCGAAAGCCACCAAUCUGGAACAGCGUCAGCAGCACCGGAGGCUGCACCGAAGGCCGUACCACCGAGACGUCUCGCUGACGCAGUUCGCGGUGGCAGACGACGACAACAUAUCCGCGAUGCAGCAGGUCACCAAGGGAGCGGCGGCGGCCAUGACGCUCGCCUCCAAGUGGCAGGCGUCGUUUGAUGACAGCGAGGAGACAGACCACGACGAGAUGGACGAGAACGCGCCCCUGGCCUCUCCCGACCACCGAUUAAUCAAGAGGGACUCGUCCGGUUACGCCCUGGACAAGAUGGCGGGGAGGCCUGCGGGCAAGUCCGCCCACGCGAGUGGGGACGACGAGAGGAGGAAGAGGCUCGAAGAAGGCCGCAUGGUGAUACAGGAGGAAGUGGACGCCAAGAGGGCCGUGCGUCGCGCCGUCUCCCAGCCGGCCGACUACCACAUCACUCUGGCCGGCUUUCCCCUCCAGGGUCCUGUGCCUCUGGGGUUGCCGCGCGUAUGGAGCUGCCCGUCGAUGGGCCAGCACAUCCGCUCCCACCUUCAGCCGCCGCUAAGACAGCAGGCUUCGUUCGACGACAACGUCUACGAAGUGGACGUGACUCGGAACGUUGCCGCUAGGUGCAGUGAGGAGGGCGAGGAACGCAGAGCGUCUCUACCCUCUAUUCACCUGCGGACGCCCGAAGAAGAGACGGCGCCCAAGAAGGAAGCCUUGGAGGUGAAGAACAGGGAGGAAUCGGUCACCGAGAGUCGGUCCGUGCAGCGGUCGGCAAGCGCCACCGGAAUGCCCGCGCCCAAGGGGAUCCUCAAGAAGCCGAGCAUAGAGAGGUCGCCCUCGCUGGGAAGUCGCCGGGACGACUUCUCGACGCCCGGAGGCGGGCAGCAGCAACCUCCUCAGACGCCCGCGGACCCAGCAUCGCGCACGUGGGGAAACCACGUGCUGACGCGGAUGCACUCGGACGAACCUUCCAUCUACUUCGACGCUCCGGCGGCGCCGCUGGCACCGACGUCGCGCGAGGACCGAUGGUCUCUGGGCAACAUAGAAGAGGCCAACCUGUGGCGGGCGUACGCGUGCAGGCGGUCAGGCACGGACGCCGACGACGAGAACUCGAAGGACGAGUACGAGACGCCGCCUCGAGACGACCAGCAGCACGUGUCGGUGAUCAGCUUAUGCGAGCUGCCUGAAGCCUUCCGGCUCAUAGGAUUGCACGACGCGCAUCCCGCGUACCCGAGGCGAGAGCCCGACGAGCGGCUGCAUAGGCCGGCUUCGGUGGGCGGCAGCGACGAGCUCCCGUCGCGCAUUCCGGUGGCUAGGCGGAGCAUACUGGCGCGGCGCCGGCCAAAGUCCAUGAUCGAGCAGGGAUCGCUGGAUGCCCCACACGAGGUGCAGCGCAGCAACUCGGCUGGCCUGGUGGUCAACGGCCGCGCCAGGCACCCCGGCGAGCGCUGGGGUAGCAUCCUGCACGUGCCCGUGGUAGUCCAGGUGAAGCCCACCAUUGGCGUGGACGACGGUGACGACAGCGGCGGGCGCAGCCCAGCCGACUCCCGCAUCCCGCGUCCGCGCGUGAGGCAGCGCACCCCCGAGAGGCUCUCGGUGGCGGCCCUCAGUCACUCGGCGCCCAUGGAAGGACGCUGGAGGCCACAGCCGCCGCCCGGCGACCCGCCGCCCAACCACUGCGUGCCGGCCAGGAGGCGCCGGUACCGGCCGCUGUCACCGAGCGAUCUACAGAUGACCGGCAGCGAGUCUUCGCGCGGCAACUCCCCGGACUGACGUCAUCAGCCUGUGCGUGCCUGCUGCUGCGCGUGUGCGUGAGCCGGCGGAACCGGCGCGGACGUCGUCGCCUGGUGGCGUUGAGUGGCGACUGUGUUUGCCCGACGAUCGGGUCGACCACUUCUCUAGUCAGCCGUGAAAGUGGACGCAUCACGUGCCGUUGGUCCCGAACAAAAGCCUCGUGCCAGGGGGCCCGGGACGACCAGCGGUCCCGCUUCGCCAGAUAUACUCGCCUCGCCGACAACGCUGCUUCAUCUCGCCGUCUCGGAGAUCUUAGGUUUUCUUCGGAAUACAUGCCAAACCAAAGCGUCCUUGUUGCUGUCACCGCACUUAGCACAAACGACAGGCCGAUUCUUUUUCUGUU